GACGCGUCUCGCUCUCCGCAACGGCAGCUAGUCGGGAGCUGGCUCCUCACCGCGUCGGAAGUCGAUCGGCAAGCUGCCUGCCCGCCGCCGUGCUGCCGCUCGCCCUGCUGCCCCUGCCGUCGCCGCACCGCGCUGCCGCUGAAGCUCCCGCUGCUCCAUCCGACCGCUGCCUCUGGUGGCCCCUCGUGUUCGGCCGCUGCUGUUGGGCUGCAACGUGAUCAUCCCCCCCCCCAUCCUCCCCCGCCCACCCACCUCUCCCCCUGGCGCUGCUGUAGUACGGGUGGAUCCGCGUUUCUUUUGUGUCCGUUUCGCCUUCGACGUCACCGCACCGCCGGGACAGUUUCAGACCGAAGGCUCCCUCGCCUCCGCUGUGCUGGAGUUGUGACCGGCCUGCUUUCAGCGCUCUGCGACGAACCUGCGCCUUCAUCCUUGGCCGUCGUCGUAGUGCCGGCGGCUUCGAUGAGAGACUGUAGUAGUAGCGUCGACGGCUCCUGACGACGUGGCACCGCGAUCGCUGCCGCCGUCGCCGUCCACGGCACCUGUCUGUUGGUGACCAGCGCUAGCGUCGUCGCUCGGUCGCCGUCGUUGCCAGUUUCCGAGCUGUCACCGACAACUAUGCUGCUACCGCCUUCGUUCAUCACGGAAGCCCACGAUCGCUGCCUGCCCACUCCACCCCUGACUCCCGAAUCGCACCUCUGCGGCAGCGUCACCGGCCUUCCGGCCAUGCCCCCGUGCAGCUCAACCUCGCUGUGCCUGAGCCCGGGCUCGGCCCCAAAGGCGUACUGCGUCGGCCCUCCGUCGCCCCCGCACGGCGGCAGCCAGCCGGGUUCGCCGUCCGUCGUGGUUCCCGUGCCGCUCCUCCCCGUGCAGAACCCCGCCGCCUUCUCGGCAUUCGUCCACCACCACCACCACCACCAGUCGCAGCAGCACCCUCUGGUGGCGCUGCCAACGCCGCCGACGCUUCCGCCGCCGGCCCACAUGUCCACAGCCAUCGUGACGUCACCGGCGUCCGGCCCGAACCACCAUUCCAGAAUCCCGGAGCUCGCCGCGCCCGCGGCUGCAACGCCUGCGCCGAGGCCGCGAAAGAAAUUCGACUUCAGCAGGCUCGCAGAGUCUGCGACGGCGCCCGACGAAGAGUCGGCGACCGAAGAUGAACAACGGCCGGCAGUGCCCACGGCGAGUUCGCUACCGGCGCCGUACAGGUCUUUCGUGCUGGAGCAGAUGUACCAUCACCACCAGCAACAGCAGCAACAGCGGCAAAUGGGCGCCGCCGCCAUGACGAGCCGCGCCGGAAGCCUCCACAGGCUAGAGAAGAGGUUCGCCUCGUCCCAGCCCGGCUCCUCGACGAUACCGCCUUCGCCUUCUUCGGCGGCUCUCCUGGCCAGCGCGGCGGCUGGACUCAGGCCCGUCCGGUACCGGGCGCCGUCGAGGCCCAAGAAGGAGUUCAUCUGCAAGUUCUGCCAGCGCCGCUUCACCAAGUCCUACAACCUGCUCAUCCACGAGCGCACGCACACCGACGAGCGGCCGUACACGUGCGACAUCUGCCACAAGGCGUUCCGCCGCCAGGACCACCUCAGGGACCACAGGUACAUCCACUCGAAGGAGAAGCCGUUCAAGUGCGGGGAGUGCGGCAAGGGCUUCUGCCAGUCGCGCACCCUGGCCGUGCACCGCAUCCUGCACCUGGACGACUCGCCGCACAAGUGCCCCACGUGCGGCCGCAGCUUCAACCAGCGCUCGAACCUCAAGACGCACCUGCUCACGCACACGGACAUCAAGCCGUACCACUGCCCCGCCUGCGGCAAGGUGUUCCGCCGAAACUGCGACCUGCGCCGACACGCGCUCACACACGGCAUUCGGACGCCGGACACGGACUCCGAAGACGGCGGCGACUCGCAGUGAAGCCGACCUCUCUCCGGUCGUCUGACGACGGCUACUCGUGUAAGGCGAGGACUCGAAAAAGCAAUGUACGGGCAGGAGCAAGAGGCAGACGUGCCGCAUUAGCUAGUGGUCAGUGUUGUGUAUGCAACACCUUCGAAGACUCACGUUUCGUGUCGUCUGUUGCGCGGAACACAAGUUCGCAAAAAACCAAACGCGGACCAUGGAUUCAAGUCGACACGCUUAGCUGUGUAUAGACGCUGCUUCGGCGCAUGUUCCUUGUGGCCUCGGCGACGCCUCGACAAGACGGCCGCUAUCGAUGUCUGUGCCUGGCCCAGUUAGCGGUUCAGCCAAAGACUUUUCCCAGCGAACAGCUGUGCGCCAGCACGCGACGUCUCGCUGGUUCGCAGCGAUACAACGAAUACAAGCCCGUCGCAGCCAUAAAUUGGUUAACGUUCCUGCUUGCGCUGCGCAGGCGUGUCAAGGGCGUCUUUCAAGCCCUGACAUCAUCUGCUACCUCCACGGUUCCGGAACCUUGUGUGCGUGAUGUGAAACCAUUGAAGAAUGAACUCCUUCCGUGCACUGAUCGCCAGAAGAAAUAAGGACAUGGCACCACUUUCAUUGUACUUACAGACAAGUGUGUGCAUUCGCGUUACCUCUGGUUGCCGAGACACUGUGCCAAUCGGAAAAGCAGAAAGUGCCUGCACACAGUGAACGUGGCUACACUUUAGUUCCAAAUGACUCGUUUUCUUUCUUUUCUUUUUUCUUUGCUCGUUGUCGUUAGUCGCCGUGAGUGGACAGUGUGACGCUGACUGACAUUUUAGUUCCCUAGAAUUGUGGCUGUGAAUGGCGCUCAAGUGCUUGUUCCACUUACUGCUCAUCGCCGCUCAGUGCCUCGUCACACAGCUGAUAGCCAAAGACAAGUUACACGAGGGCUAUAGAUGCAACGUUCCUUUCCCGUUCGUCAUAGUUCGCGUUCAGUUCCCAGCUAGCUGCUCAUCCGUUGUAAUUAUUGUUAGUGUAAAUAGGCUCUUCACAUUAUGUGCCACCAAUGAUCUCCUUGUAAAAAUCAAGAAAAUGAAGUGUUUGUACUUUUCUUUUCGCGAGUGACGAAAAGUGAAACUGUCUAUAUGUAUUAAAAGCGAAGCUUGUUCCCUGAA